CUUAGGAAACAACAGUUACGAGUGGAACGUUGCCAUUGAGAGUACAUCGAAGCGGAUAAACUUAGCUAAACGUUGAAAAGUCACAAAGAAAAUCGCCGUAGAAGAAGAGCAUCUAACGUGAGUGGGUCUAAAAACAACAACAACAAAUAAGAAAAAACUCCAAUUACUUGAAGGUGUCUAACAGUAGCACAAAAGUGGAGAAGUGAAAAACCCCCCAAAUACAAUUGUAGUGGCAGCAACAACCAUACAACAAAGAAAAGAAAACUAUUUGCAUUUUCCCCGUGAAUUGUUGCUGUUGUUGGGUUGUUGUUGUUGGUGUUUUUCCUUUAGUGUGUAUUUUUUUUUUUUUUCUUAUAUGAAAUUUUCGUGUGGUGUGGUAUCAUCCGUUCCGUCUAUUUGCCUGUCAGUUUGUCUGACUCGAUCACUUGUUGUUGGCAAUUCGGUUGGUCUUACGGUGUUCGUUUAUCCCAGCAGCAGUUAAACCGUCUAAAAUACAAACAACAACAACAAAAGUGUGAGGUGUGGUAGUGUUCAGUUGGAGCGUAGUGGUGGUGGAAAUAGCAAAAAACAGCAGUUACAACAACAAUACAUAAAUUCUAUUAUACAUAUUUUGAAAGCCAAACAUACACACAUACUCAAGAGAAGUAAACUACAUAAACAACAACAAACAAACGAGAAGCAAAGAAUAUCCAUCAUCAAGAAUAAAUCGUGGCCAGUUACAAAGAAAGAAAGAAAGAAAGAAAAUUUGUUUCCCGAAAAGAAUGAAAAAAUAAAUAAAAUAAAACAGAAAAAAGUGCAAAUCAAAAAACAUAAAUUUUCUAGAGAAUAAUCGAAGAAUUUUGAAAUUGACAACAAAAAGAAAUAAAAACAAAACACGGCACGCCAAACAACAACAACAAACUUGAAAUUGUCAUAAAUAAAAAAUAAAACUUCAAUCACCAUCCAAAAGAGAAUAAUUCGGAUAAUAACAAGAAUUUCGAUGCAGACUGCAAGAAUAACAACAAAAGAAUUCGAAAAGUAUUGCGUUUGAAUGCCAGAUAUCAAAAAGGGGGAAAUUGAUGCAAACAUAUUUUUUUCAUACAGUGGAAAUAGAGAUUUCGUUUGUUUGAUCUCUUAGAAACGGAAUAUUAAGAUUUUGGAGCACGAAAUUUUUUUGGAUUCAAAACAAGCAGCUGGCAAUAAACUCACUCACGCACUCGCAUUGCAAUUGGCAUGUUCAACGUGAACGAACGUGAGACGAGUGUGAGCGAGAGCCCCCUAUACAAAACUCAAAAAAAAAAACAAAAUCAUGCAGUAAAAAUCAAAUAACAAAUUAGCCCUGCGUAAAAAACAAAACUAUUGGAGCUGUUUGUUGUUGUUUUUUCUCUUCAUGAGGAGCCAAAUGAAAAUCCCAAACACGCACAUUUACAACAACAUAUUAUUUUGAAAAUAAAGUGAAUAAACCCACCAAGUGAAACGCUACAAAACGGCAAAAUCUGCUCUGGUCUAUGGGCCAAAUAGAAAUUUUUUUGUUGAGCGAAAUUUCAAUUCAAUACGGAACGUAAACAAGCGAAAAGGCCUACCUACGACGAGGAAGCAGGCAAUUAGAAGCCAAGUGAAAACCUUUAAUAACAAACAAGAAACAGCAAAUUAACAUCAUAAUUACUUUUCAUAGAAAUAUGUUCAUUAUCUUUGCUUGCAUGCAACAUAGGCAGCAGCAUCAACAACAGCAAUCGCAAUCUCAACAACUCCACCAACAAAACAACCCAUCUCCAUUCACAUCGACAUCAUCGAAAUUAUCAUUAUUUUCAAAUGUAUUUGAUUGUUUUCCCCAACGUUCAGUGCCUUAGAGAAAAAAAGAGAAGCAAACCAGUGAAAUAUUUGUAUCCAUAAAACCGAGUUGAGAAAAAAAAGAAGUGCAACCAAUUUCGUUUAGUUUGUAUUAAGAAAAUUAAGUGUUUUUUGUUAUUGUGAAUAUUCGAGCCAUCCCUCUUUCUCUUCGCCACAAAUGAAUAUGUAUCGUCCAAAUUUUUAUGAAUCAACGUGCCUGCGUUGCAACGAAACCGUUUAUCAAGUGGAUCGUGUAGGUCCUCUAAAGGACUUCACUUUCUUCCAUUCGGGCUGUUUCAAAUGCGUUCAUUGCGGCACCAAAUUGACACUGAAAACCUAUUUCAACAAUCAACACAAACAGGAUGACAAGGAGGUCUAUUGCAGUUCUCAUGUACCAAAGAGUGGUCCAGGUCAUUUGGAUAACACAUCGGUGGGCAUACGCCAAGCCUUGAAUGCACCACGCACCAAUAAAUUUGUAAACGAACAAAUUCGGGGAACACGUACCGAGGUGGAUGGAGGUUUCGGUUCACGUCAAUCCACCCCAAAUGGCUAUGGCAGUCGUGAGGUUAGCUCACCAUCACAAAAUGAAUCCGAUUACAAAUACGGCCGCUUCGAUGCCAGCGCUCUGCACAUUGCACACGCACUCAAACAGACUGAAAUCCAAAAAGCCUACAACAAGGCGAGAGAAAAACCCAUUGAUUUCUAUUUGGGCCGCGAAGAACAAGCUCGCCUCGAAAUGAAACAUCGCCAGGAGGAAGAUGACCUGUAUCGCAAAUUUGCACGUAAACGUGAAGAGGAAGAUCGUAAAAUUCAAUCCGAAUUCCAAACCGAAUGGGAACGUGAACUGCAGCGGCUGACGCACAAAUUUGAAAAAGAAUUGACCACAUCGCGGCGCAAUCGUGAGGAGCAGAACAUUCUCACCAAACGCCUCGAACAACAAAAGGAGGACUUGGAAAAGAACAUGACCCUGAGACGCAGCAAAAAGAAGGAGAGCAUAACACGAAAAAUGCUCGAACACGAACGUUAUGAGACGGCAGCUCUAGUCGAUCGUCAGUCCAGUGAAAUGUUGGAGUUGAUCAGUGCCCGUCGUUCCGAGUACAUGAUGAACGAGAGCAUUUUCCUGGACGAUGAGUUCAGUGAGGGUACCACACCCAUAGAAUAUCCCAAUUUGCCACCAUUGCCUGCACCGCCCACAGUUAGUAAAUUCCAAAUCUACACCGACCCCAUUGAGUUUGAAGACGUGGAUCGCAUAGCCAUAUCGGUGGCCCAGGAGGAUCAGAAAACAUUUACGGAUCUAGUGAGGCAGUUGGUGGGUCGUUGCACAACCGAUAUCGAAAAGGCCCGAACAAUAUUCCGUUGGAUUACCGUCAAGAAUUUGAAUAAUAUGCACUUUGAUGAUGACUUGCGCGGAGACUCACCCAUGGGGCUGCUGCGGGGUAUCAAAUUUGGCACUGAGAGUUAUCAUGUGCUCUUCAAGCGUCUCUGCAGUUAUGCCGGUCUUCAUUGCGUUGUCAUUAAGGGUUACUCGAAAAGUGCCGGCUACCAGCCAGGAGUGAAGUUUCAAGAUUCUCGUUUCCGCAAUUCGUGGAAUGCUGUCUUCGUUGCUGGCGCAUGGCGUUUUGUACAAUGUAAUUGGGGUGCUAGACAUUUGGUCAAUGCCAAGGAGGUACCCAAGACGGGAAGGGGUAAAAACGAUAGUUUGAGAUAUGAAUAUGAUGACCAUUACUUCCUGACCGAUCCCAGAGAAUUCAUUUAUGAAUUCUUCCCCCUGCAAGAAGAAUGGCAGCUGCUCAAGCGUCCCAUUACUCUGCGAGAAUUUGAGAAUCUACCAUUUGUGCGUUCAUUAUUCUUCCGCUAUGGCUUGCAUUUUGCCGAUGAGGGUUAUGGAGCAGUGGUCUUUACGGACGAUACUGGUGCCGCCACUGUUCGUAUUGCCAUGCCCACGGACAUGCAAAGUUGCCUGAUAUUCCAUUACAAUUUGAAAUUCUACGACAGUGAUGAGGAUUCGUACGAUGGUGUAUCGUUGAAACGUUUCGUUAUGCAAUCGGUGAUUGGUAAUAUUGUGGCAUUCCGGGUGCAUGCUCCCUGUUCGGGUGCAUUUCUGUUGGAUAUAUUUGCCAAUGCAGUAACGCCGCAGGAAUAUUUAACCGGUGAACCAAUGAAAUUCAAAUCGGUGUGCAAAUUUAAGAUUUGUUGUGAAGAAUUACAAACAGUUAUGGUCCCAUUGCCGGAUUGUGCCAGCGGUGAAUGGGGUCCAACAAAAGCAACACGUCUCUUUGGUCUGAUACCCAUUACGCAUCAGGAUCCUCUUAUAUUUGCCGGCCGCAGUUUAGAUUUGCAAUUCCGUAUGUCUCGGCCGCUAACAGAUUUCAUGGCAACGCUGCACAAAAACGGCAUCGAAGAAAAGAAACUCUCCAAAUAUGUUACGCACAGUAUAUUGGAUGAUAUUGUGACGUUUAUUAUAAACUUCCCCGAGGAAGGACAAUACGGUUUGGAUAUCUAUACCCGUGAGUUGGGUGCUCCGCCCCAUCACAGCAGUCAUCACAACAAUUCGUCAUCGUCGACGGAAAAACAUUUGUUGACACAUUGUUGUAAAUAUUUAAUUAAUUCAUCGAAACGUAACUAAUAUUCCAAUCUGUCAGUUCAAUGUAAUGUAUGUAUGUAUGCAUGCAUGUAUUUCAA